AUGGCAAUUGUCGACCCGACGACCAAGCAAUCUACACUGCAUAUCCGUCCCAGUAACUGGGCCAAUGGCCUCCGAGGCAUAGCCGCCGUGUUUGUGGUGUCUAGCCAUACAUGUCUCUCCUUUGCGAGAGGUCUAGUCCCACCCUCGUAUGCGGAGACGGGAGACUCCGCUUUGUUUCAGCGUCCGUUCUUUAGACUGGUCAUACAAGGCCAGGCUUGGGUAGCCAUUUUUGUCGUGCUGCUUGGGUUCGUCAAUGCCCUGAAGCCCCUUCAGCUGGCCCGACGAGGGGCGACUUCAGAUGCCCUGGCGGUGCUCUCGUCUGGUUCUUUCCGGCGCAUAGGGAGACUCAUCGUUCCUGCGACAUUGGUGACAUUUUUAACAUGGCUGCUAUGUCAGGUUGGUGUCUUCCAGUUUGGCAGACGGGUAGAUGCAUACUGGCUGCGAACGACAAGUCCCGAGCCAAGCCUGUCGUUCGGCACUGCCAUCGCAGAUCUGGUGCGGCAGACUGCGGGGACUUGGAUGUAUGGAGAAAAUGCCUAUGACCAACCCCAGUGGGCAUUGCUAUCUCUUCACCGAGGCUCGUUAUAUGUUUUCAUGACCUUGAUGGCUUUGGUCAAUACUACGCCGUUGUUCCGUGUCUGCGCGCAAUUGUUUCUAUAUGCGUACAGCUGGGCAACUCUGGACGGCACUGUCGGCAUCAACGUUUUCGCCGGCAUGAUACUAGCCGAGUUAUCGUUCUACAACCUCACAGCCCUUCAACCACGCAUAUUAUUCCGAAUUCUGCCGUAUGGCCUCGUCACCCUGGGCCUUUACCUCUGCUCGUACCCGGACCAGUUCGCCGAGCAAGCCGCGUGGUCCUCCCAGCUUGCAGCACUUGCCCAGAUCAUCUUCCCCAAAGGUGCCCAUGUGGGCCGUUACUACGCUGGCCUUGGCGCGCAGAUGAUCUGCCUGGGCAUCAUUCUCUCUGCCUCUAUGCAGCGGAUCCUCUCCCAUCCAGUAUUGCUAUGGUUGGGAUCUAUCAGCUUCCCGCUCUAUCUCCUCCACGGGCCUCUGAUGCGAUCAGUCCUCGUCUAUCUUCUCUAUCUGCCCAUGUCUGUCGGGUUCGCGCCGGCCGUGAGAGCGGACGGAACACCUGACCCGGAGUCCUAUAUUCCAACGCCGAAUCCAUUGCGGCUUGUGGUCACUCUGGUUAUAUUCUUUGCUUUCCUGCUCUAUGUUUCCCGGCAGUGGGCAAGGCAUGUGGAACCGAGGACAGGGGCCGCUACGGCUGCGUUUGAGUGGUUCUCACGCUCCUGGGGGAGGAGUACGAUGUGGUCUCCUAAACAAAAGGCCGAGAUACUGCCCCUUUCCUCUGUAAACGAGGACAUAUGUUUAAGGUCCGAAGUGGGACAGGCUAAUCACUUUAGAUUGGAGGGCGACAUUGAUGCCCGUGGAUAUAAUAGGACUAAUUAA